GGUUUUCACCUACGGCUUUAAUUUAGGCGAGGAUGAAGAAUGCAUUUCGAAUCGACUAGAGCGAACUACGUUUCGCCGCGGAGUGUUACUGAUUUGAAUCGUGUGCAACAGUGUAGUGGUGGAGUGGUGCGGUAAUCGCUGAGCCAGUCUGUGCGCUAAAAUUGGUAGCUACAAAUGAACUUUGUUUGUGCAGCAUAUGUGUACAUUUAACAAAGUCGUUGUUCAAGCGCCCACUUCAUUUUGUCCUUUGGAUAGUUUUACAAAAUAUUUACAUCUGUAUCUUGCGAAACAAGGACCACAGUACUGGAAGGACUUUACUGACCUCAAGAUGUCAAUUCUGCCUUUUACUCCCCCCAUUGUGAAAAGGCUUUUGGGUUGGAAAAAAGGCGAACAGAACGGACAAGAGGAGAAAUGGUGUGAAAAAGCUGUGAAAAGCCUGGUGAAGAAGUUGAAGAAAACAGGGCAACUGGAUGAAUUGGAAAAAGCCAUCACGACACAGAAUAUCAACACGAAAUGUAUUACUAUACCAAGGUCUCUGGAUGGACGGUUACAGGUGUCCCACAGGAAGGGCCUCCCGCACGUCAUCUACUGUCGCCUGUGGCGCUGGCCGGACCUGCAGUCCCACCACGAGCUGCGGGCCGUGGAGCUCUGUGAGUACGCCUUCCACACCAAGAAGGAUGAAGUGUGUGUCAACCCCUACCACUACCAGAGGGUGGAGACGCCAGUGCUGCCUCCUGUGCUGGUUCCCAGACACACAGAGAUCCCCAGUGAGUUUCCUCCUCUGGACGACUACAGCCACUCCAUCCCAGAGAACACCAACUUCCCCGCCGGCAUCGAGCCACAGAGCAACUACAUACCAGAGACUCCUCCACCUGGCUAUCUCAGUGAAGAUGGGGAGACCAGUGAUCACCUGAUGAACCACAGCAUGGACACCAGUUCACCCAACCUGUCACCAAACCCAGUAUCUCCAACACACAGCAAUUUAGACCUACAGCCUGUGAUGUACUGUGAACCAGCCUUCUGGUGUUCUAUCUCCUACUACGAGCUGAACCAGCGGGUGGGCGAGACCUUCCACGCCUCCCAGCCAUCCCUCACCGUGGACGGCUUCACCGACCCCUCCAACUCAGAGCGCUUCUGCCUGGGCCUCCUCUCCAACGUCAACCGUAACGCCGCUGUGGAGCUGACACGCAGACACAUCGGCAGAGGGGUACGUUUGUACUAUAUUGGAGGAGAGGUGUUUGCAGAGUGCCUCAGCGACAGUGCCAUCUUUGUCCAGAGUCCCAACUGUAACCAGCGUUACGGCUGGCACCCCGCCACGGUCUGCAAGAUCCCCCCAGGCUGCAACCUGAAGAUCUUUAACAACCAGGAGUUUGCUGCCCUGCUGGCCCAGUCGGUGAACCAGGGCUUCGAGGCGGUCUACCAGCUCACCAGGAUGUGCACCAUCCGCAUGAGCUUCGUCAAGGGCUGGGGAGCAGAGUACAGGCGACAGACCGUGACCAGCACCCCUUGUUGGAUCGAGCUGCACCUCAACGGUCCCCUGCAGUGGCUGGACAAGGUGCUCAUGCAAAUGGGUUCCCCCAGCAUCCGCUGCUCCAGCGUGUCGUAGGAAUACUCUCUCCACCGUCUCUGUCACAGCACCAGUGAAUUAAACAGACUAGAGACCAUAGACACAUCAACUAAAGGAUCAGAAAGGGUUCGGCAGGUAUUGAGAGAAGGCUUUGUGUCUUUGGAAGAAGAGCCUGUAGGCUGAGAAAGCCCAACCCUCGUCUGAGACAUAUUCUCCCCAACCCUCGUCUGUCACAUACUCUCCCCAACCCUCGUCUGUCACAUACUCUCCCCAACCCUCGUCUGUCACAUACUCUCCCCAACCCUCGUCUGUCACAUACUCUCCCCAACCCUCGUCUGUCACAUACUCUCCCCAACCCUCGUCUGUCACAUACUCUCCCCAACCCUCGUCUGUCACAUACUCUCCCCAACUCUCCCCAACCCUCGUCUGUCACAUACUCUCCCCAACCCUCGUCUGUCACAUACUCUCCCCAACUCUCCCCAACCCUCGUCUGUCACAUACUCUCCCCAACCCUCGUCUGUCACAUACUCUCCCCAACCCUCGUCUGUCACAUACUCUCCCCAACUCUCCCCAACCCUCGUCUGUCACAUACUCUCCCCAACCCUCGUCUGUCACAUACUCUCCCCAACCCUCGUCUGUCACAUACUCUCCCCAACCCUCGUCUGUCACAUACUCUCCCCAACCCUCGUCUGUCACAUACUCUCCCCAACCCUCGUCUGUCACAUACUCUCCCCAACCCUCGUCUGUCACAUACUCUCCCCAACUCUCCCCAACCCUCGUCUGUCAC